GCUCAUUUCUCUUCGUUUCAACACACAGAAAGCAUCUUACUUCCUAAGCUUUAUCUUCUCUUAAGCUUUUUUCUCUUCAAGAAAUGACUUCUUUUGUUUCUAAACUACUCCUUUUUAUCUCUUUAUUUCAAGUCUCCUUGGCUGCAAGAACUCUUAAUGAGCUUGUACAAGAUCAAGGGUCUCAACUCUUGCAAUACCACAAUGGUCCUCUUCUUUCUGGAAAAAUUUCUGUUAAUCUCAUUUGGUACGGAAAGUUCAAGCCUUCCCAGAAAGCCAUCAUCUCAGAUUUCAUAACCUCACUGUCUUCUUCUUCAUCGGCUAGAAUUAAUAAGCCUUCAGUCGCCACUUGGUGGAAAACCACUGAGAUAUACUACCACCUAAGCUCCAGAAAAUCCAGCCUUUCUCUCUCUCUCGGAAAACAAAUUGUUGACGAGAAUUACUCGCUUGGAAAAUCACUCUCAAACAAACAGCUCAUAGCUUUGGCCUCAAAAGGUGAGCAAAAAAAUGCCAUAAACGUAGUGUUGACGUCUUCUGAUGUAACCGUUGAUGGGUUUUGCAUGAGUCGAUGUGGGACUCAUGGGUCUGCUCCGGGGUCCAAGAGUGGCCAAAUUAAGGGCAAGAACUACAAGUUUGCCUACAUCUGGGUUGGUAACUCCGAGACUCAGUGCCCUGGUCAAUGCGCAUGGCCAUUCCACCAACCGAUUUACGGACCGCAGAACCUACCUUUGAUUGCACCAAACAACGAUGUGGGUCUUGACGGAAUGGUGAUCAAUUUGGCUAGCCUUUUGGCUGGAACCGCCACUAACCCAUUUGGAAAUGGCUACUUUCAGGGCCCAAAAGAGGCACCACUGGAAGCUGCAUCAGCUUGUCCUGGUAUAUACGGCAAUGGGGCUUAUCCUGGUUAUGCAGGGAACUUGUUGGUGGACUCUACAACUGGCGCUAGCUACAAUGCAAAUGGUGUCAAUGGAAGGAAGUACUUGCUUCCUGCUCUCUAUAAUCCGUCUACAUCGUCUUGCUCAACUUUGGUUUAAGAAUGGAAACGUCCAGUAAUUAUUACUAGAAUGUAUAUGUAAUUAUAUAGCUGGAGAUAGUUCAAUUCUUUGAUUUGUUGUUCAUUUUUUAUGCUUUUGCGGAUCGAUAAUGAGAGCAAAUUGGUUGGGUUCGCUUUUUUCAAACAAAAA